AUGGAGAAGCAUUGUCUCGUCACGGUCGGCGCCACCGUGGGCUUCCCCGAUCUCACUCGUGCCGCUCUUGAGCCUGUAUUCUGGGGUCAUCUCGCCUCGCGUGGCUUCACGUCUUUGAGGAUACAAUGUGGUCCAGAUAGUGACUGGGCAACAUCUGACUUGGACUCAAAAAUGUCUCAAAUUCCCCAGGAAUUGAAUGUGGACGUGUUCAAGCUCAGCAAAAACCUCAUGAGAGAGGAGAUGACGCUCUGCAAACCAGUCGAAGGGAAGAGAGGCGUUGGCCUCAUCAUAUCACACGCAGGUACAGGAACUAUUCUCGAUGCAUGGAAAUUGGCUGUGCCCAUCAUCGUUGUUCCCAACACAUCGCUCUUGGAUGACCACCAGACCGAAUUGGCCAGACAUCUCUCUAAGGAAGGCUACGCCAUUCACAGCUCCACGAAACUUGAUCAUCUCAAAGAAGCAGUCGAUAAAAUUGACAUGCUACGGGAGGAGAACCAAACUCGAUGGCCACCACACUCGCUUGAGCGCGGUGCCACUGAGCAACCGGCCAGCAUCUGGAACAUCGAGGUUGUGGAGGCGCACAAGGAAGAGGCAUCACAGUUGGCUCAAGGCUAGCCGCUGUGAUCAAGCGAGAUGCAAUAACAUGCACAUCAAAAGCGCGAAUGACGGUAAGGAAUGGGGUGAACAGAUGCCUCGAAAGUAGACGUUCUAUGGAUUGCUUGCUCACAUGUUCUCAUAAAUAUUCGCUUGGCGUUGGGGAAACA